AUGUGGGAGUCAAUCAUCAUCCAUGCGAUUGGUAAGCAACCUUCUACCAAAUCUGCAAAAGGCGAGUACUUGUCACAGUUUCCUGCUUUCUUUCAUUCAUACAUCAAUGACAUUGUUGAUGUUGUACCAGAUGGAAAUUGUGGUUUCCGUUUUAUUUCAUCUGCAUUAGGAUGGGGGGAAGAUGCAUUUUAUGAUGUUCGAAGACAAUUGCAUACUCAAAUUCAGCAACACGCAAAUUUGUUUUCCAAGUUGUUCUAUGACACUGUCUCUGAUGUUAGUACCUCAUUACUCGUAAAGCACUUGGGUGAACAUGGUAAGGAGAAAUGGAUGUCGAUCCCGGAUAUGAGUUACUGUAUUGCUUCUAGAUACAUACAGUGUUGUAUUUGUUUCUCUUUUGAUGUUAAUGAACAUAACUUUUUUUUUCCGCUUCACAUAGCUCCACCCCCAUACACGAGUUGA